AUGGAAGGCGCUAUCGGAGUCGGCUAUGCGAUCGCAGACGAGCUUUUGAGGAGAAACGUCGCGGUUAUGAGCAUUUAUUUAUCUGUUACACCAUAGCAAUAUUAUUAUUGGUAUGCGGUGAAUUGAUCGCGUCUGCGAAUUGGUCGCCGAUUAAAUUGAUUGCCAAAAAAAAAAAAAAAUUAUUAUGUAGGUAUUGAUUUAUAUUAUAUAGACUUUUCUACUUUAUACUAUAUACAAUAAUCAAAUAAAAUAACAAUGAUAAAUCGAAUAAAACUAAAUAAUUUAUUGGUUUUUGGCUUAUUUAUCCAUUAAAUUAUUACGAAAAAUACGCCGAUUAAAUUGAUUGCCAAAAAAAAAAAAAAAAAAAAAUAAAAAAAUAUAUAAUAUAAUACAUUAAGUAUAAAAUAUAUAAAAAUAAAAUACAAAUAAUUUUUACCGUUGAAGUUGAAAGUUAUGGGCUAUUCCUUUAAAAAAAAUCUAUUGUAAUGUACACCAUUUAAUUAUAGUAAUUUGCAGUCUGUGCUUAUCGAUGGUAUUGUGAAAAAUCCGAUUAAUUUUAGAAUGUCCUUGAUAAAAUAUUCGAUUUUUAUACAAGUUAAAAUUAUAAAACACAUUUAAUAAAAUAUUAGAAAAUCAAUAAAAUGUAUAAUGACAAAUUGUUUAAUUUUAUUAGUAAUAAUAAAUUAUUGUUGCAUUAUUUUAAUGUUAGUAUACAAUAUUAAUAUGAACCGGAGAAUAGUCUAUACAAAGAAUUCAUUUUUUUUCGGGGACCAAUAUGCAGCCGCGAUCAAUUGUUCGCGAUCAAUUCACCGGGAUCCAUUAUUAUUGACUCGUUACUGACUUUGGGACAUGAUUAUUGUGUUGAACAACUCUAGACCGUUAUAAUCACUGGCACGGACGAACAGCAAGGACAGAAGGCGGCCAGCCGCCUGAGCAGACAACACUGUCCCGGGAUGGUGCGAUUUCAUAAAAUGCACCCAGGCAAUUCGUCUGCAUACGAAAGUCAAUAACAUUAUAAUUUUACAUUUUUAAAAUUGUAUAUACCGGAAAAGUAGGGACAGGUUAUCUUAACAUUGAUAUGUUAUCAUGAUGGAUACUUGUUCCUAUAAUGCCGGUGUACAUUUCUAACUGUUAUAGGUAUAUCUCAUAAAUGGCGGUACAAUAUUUUUUAGCGAAUAUUCGAUUUUUAAAUAUGAAUUAGAAAAAGUGGAUUGCAAUUUUUUUUUUUUUUUACAUUUAUUGGAAUAUAUACAAUCUGUAAUAACGGUUAACUUUACAUACGUAGGCCGUGUUUUCUAUUCCUGCUUCCUUUAUUUUUCUUUUGUUUUUUUUUUUUUUUUUUUUUUGUUAAAUAUUAGUUAAGUUAAGCCGAAUCGCAACACCAGCGCUUCUUGAGUCUUCUCGUGCAAGAAUAAACGGGCUCGGGUAGUUCGUAAGGUGAGAACGGAAACGCUUGUAAGAAGAUGCGGCCACUUCGGCGACAGUCUGUAAUCCGAGAUCUGAGUGUAAUGUAUGGUUCGAUACAUAGAAGGGCGCGUUAGUAAUUGCACGAAUUGUUCUAUAGAUUGAAACGUUCGCAUUUUGUAAAUGUUGGAUUUUUUUCCGAUCCCCAUAAUUAGAUACCGUAAGUCCAAAUAGGCUUUAGGGUUGUUAUUUAAAAAUUAAAAAUCAAUGCGUACUUAAGGUAGGUACAAGAAUAAGGGAAAAGGAAUAAGAGUACAAUUUUGUAAACGAUAAAUUAUCAUAAUUCAUAAUAUAAUCUAAUAUAGUCUCUGUAAUGACGCUAUAUAAGAAAAUCAAAUUUACUCAAAAUGUUCGUACCCAUAGAUAAUCUGUUAGAACGCGAUAAAAAAACAUACUGUUUAUAAUAUUUAUAUAUGCAUAAAUAUAUACUUAUAUAGAUGCAUUCAAAUACAUCAAAGAGAACUUCUCGACGGUGGACAUCUUUAUAAACAACGCUCGGAACGUGUUACCGACAUUUACGUUGGACGUUGAUGACGUGAUCAAUACGCAUUUGGUGAGCCAAGAAACGUGUAUACAUCAUUACUGUAACUGGUACUGGUAUUAUUCCAUUGUCCCGAUUAGAUUUCCUGCAUGUAAAUAAAAAAUUGACCAAUUUGUACUUUGGCCGGACAACAGGCAAAAUUAUCCGAUUUCGGUCUUUAGUCGUAACAUAUUGUUAUACAAUAUUCUUUAUAUAUCAUCGUCAUUAAUGUUACGUUUAAUACAGAUGCAUCAAAUCCAGGGUAUUAUAUUGGCCCGUAAUCAUAUGCAAUCGGGUAGCGUGAUCAUAAAUCACACGUCGGCACUAGGACUAGGGAACACCGUUGUCCAGCCGACAAUGAUCAUGCAUUGUGCAGCAUCUUCGGGGUUGAUCGCAACCUCCAGGGCUUUUAGCGUAAUAUUAUUGUGUCGAACAACAACGGCGGAAAAAUUAUAAUGAUAAAAUAUUAUGCAGGACAAGAUUUAUUAUGAUAAAAACCGCAUAAGAAUAAUUACGUUGUGCAGCGAUCUAUUGCCACCGGUGCAUUCUGUCCGAAUCGGCGACUCCAUUUAUUGCAAACUACCAGAAAACGAGUCCAGCAGCAAUAAUAUUGUGUAAAUAUAAUAAUAAUAAUAAUAUUAUGUUCAUAGUUCUAAUUUCGAAUAUUUUGCAAAAGUGGCGUGUCUGUUUUAGAAACGAAAAUAAACAUUCCUUCGUUUUUUAAAAUCUGUAAUCAUCAUGUAGGUCUCAUCGUUUCUCAAAAUAAAUCCUCUGUGAUGAUUUAAAUUUAUAACGGCCAGUUUAUUUUAAAUAAAACCCAAUACAUAGGCAAACCUUUGCAAGUCUUGCCUAGUUGUUCUCAUGCACCAAUCACCAUUUAUUCAGUUUUAAAAAUAUUUAAACAUUUUCAUACCUAUAGAUACUCACUAUUAUAAUGUAAAAAUAUUUUAGAUUCCGAGUGCAGCAAAGAAUGUAUUGAUUUUACAAAGAUGUUUAUUUUAUUUUUUAUUUUUGUAUACUGUGUACAUAAAUUCUACCAGGAAUCCUGCUCUGUUGUAUUAAGUAUAACACUUAUUUCAAAAGGAAAUCUGACUGGAGAGGUACUUUUGGGAGGUCAUUUUUUGAUUUUCCCAGGAGUUUUCCCAAUACACGAGAAAAAACGGGAAAUAGAUACAAUAUUAAACAAAUAUUUUUAAAGAAAAAUAUAACGUAUAUGUAUGUAAUUAUUUUACCAUACUGUGACACAUAUAUAUGUUGACAAAGCAAAAUUAUUAACCAAACUCUGCUUAGAAUCGUUUUUCGUCAACAAUGGUUAAUUGUUGCGCGCUGCAGAUAUACAUUCAAUUAUCCCCCUACCUUCCCAACUUCUCACCAAUAACAGUGGCCAACCCAUGUGUGAAGUAAGUCUCUUUUAUUUUUAUCGCCAAGUAACUAACUAAUUAUAUCAAUACAUUUAAAAAUACAAUAUUCCAGCGCUGCACUCCACUGAGGUGAACCUUUUUUUAACGGAGAACAGUAGUAGGCACUUAUGUAAAUUAAAUGUGCAAUAAAUAAUGCUACUUUACAAAGAAUAAUAAAUGAAUGAAUAAAUUUAAUUUAAAAUAAACCCAAUAAUGAUAACGACAAACAAACACUUGUAUUUCGUGGCCCUCAAACGUCUCGGUAUUAAAAACAGUGUUUACCUACAUUUUUUGGCGUACGGCGUAGAAUGUUUUAGGUAGUCCACACCAUACCUAUUUUCAAUUAAUCACACUUACAGUCGGCGGCUUGUACAAUGCACAAUGUACAUAUACAUAUUCGUACACAUAUAUAUAUAUAUUCGAAUGCAGAUAGUUGUACAAUAUUAUGUUUAUAAUUUUUAAAAUUUCAGUGAAGCAAUUGCGAAAUCAACGGCUUACCUAGUGGAGAGAGGGCCGAGCGGUACCGUAUGGCUCUGCGAACGUGACUGGACACUAAAUAUGUUAUCAAUUCGGUCGUUGGCGAAACAAAUAUAUGAUGAAGAAAAUAAAGAACCCGAAGCUGAAACUUCAGAGAGGCUGAUUAUAUAG